AUGACAGAGCUUUUACGCAACCCAGAGACUCUAAUGUCGUGUUUGGUUGGGGGAUUUGGAGAGGGAAUUGGAAAGGAAAUUGGAAAAGAAUCGGAUAUUGCACGCCUACCUUACUUGAUGGCAAUUGUUAAGGAAACCUUCAGGAUGCACCCAGUAGUUUCCUUCUUAAUUCCUCGUAAAGUUGACUCAGACGAGCAAGUCUGUGGCUACACAAUCCCAAAAGGGUCACAAGUGCUAGUAAAUGUCUGGGCUAUUGGCCAUGACCAAAGCAUUUGGCCGAACCCCACCUCGUUCAUGCCGGAGAGGUUCUUGGACUCGGACAUUGAUGUCCGAGGUUGUAAUUUUGAGUUAAUUCCAUAUGGUGCAGGUCAAAGAAUAUGUCCCGGGCUACCAUUGGCGACAAGGAUGAUUUCAGUGAUGUUGGGUUCACUCUUAAAUUCACUUGAUUGGAAGCUUGAUGGUGGGAUUAAACCGGAGGACUUGGAUAUGGAGGAGAAAUUUGGCAUGAUCUUACAGAAGGCUCAACCUCUUUUUGCUGUUCCAGUCCAGGGUUGA